GCAUUGACGCGAAGUUAUAACGGAAUGAUAACGGCGAAAAACGAAUUGGGAAACGACCGUCAAAGAUGCAUAUAAAUAACAAACAUAAGCCCAUCAGUUCAUUUUCUCUCCUUCUCGAUCUGCUGAUUUUAUCCCCUCUCUCAUCGGCCCAUCUUCGAUUUACAGAGAUGGGGCUGUCUUUCACUAAACUCUUUAGUCGCCUCUUUGCAAAGAAAGAAAUGCGUAUUCUUAUGGUUGGUCUCGAUGCUGCUGGUAAAACCACAAUUCUGUACAAGCUCAAGUUGGGAGAAAUUGUUACCACUAUCCCAACCAUUGGCUUCAAUGUGGAGACUGUUGAAUACAAAAACAUCAGCUUUACUGUGUGGGAUGUUGGGGGUCAGGACAAGAUUAGACCUCUAUGGAGGCAUUAUUUCCAGAACACACAGGGUCUCAUCUUUGUGGUUGACAGCAAUGACAGAGACCGUGUAGUUGAGGCAAGGGAUGAGCUUCACAGGAUGUUAAAUGAGGAUGAAUUAAGAGAAGCUGUGCUGCUUGUUUUUGCAAACAAACAAGAUCUUCCAAAUGCAAUGAAUGCAGCUGAAAUCACCGACAAGCUUGGCCUUCAUUCUCUCAGACAGCGACACUGGUAUAUCCAGAGUACAUGUGCUACUUCUGGAGAAGGGCUAUAUGAGGGACUAGAUUGGCUUUCAAACAACAUUGCCAGCAAGGGGUAAUGCAAUGAUGUGGUAGUAUGCUUCUCGCUUUGUUAUAUCUGGAGAAAUAAACGUCGUGUUGUCGUAAUUUCUUAGUUUUGGAGGUUUUAAAUAUCUGUUCAGAUCACAAUUCUGGGGGAAGUCCCUGCCCUUCUUCCCUCUCUAUGGUUUAUCAUCAAUGAGCAAUGACAUAGUUUCCACAUUGCUGGAUGCACAUUGACAAUGUAAUGAUAUUUUAGUAUAAUAUCUGGUUUUGUAACUUA